AUGGAUUUUCAAAGCGCUAUGGAGACUUUUGCUGAGGCCUGGGUGGCUGCCAAUACUAAAGUUGAUCCAGUACAGAGUCAAGCACUGGCGCUGACGCACAAGGCAACGCCGCCAUCGCGUUCAUCAAGUGUGUCUCCGAUCCCGAGGAGCCCGCAAUCUCACCAAACAGCACACGCAACUAACCGUAGCCCGACACCCAGACCUGCUUCAGUCCAGCAUCCACAGCUGGUACACCAGCCGUCUCAGCAGCAGGGUAACUUAAUCGCGAGUGCCGGACAGCCGAGGACCGAGCAUCAGCAUCAGCAUCAGCAUCAGCACCAGCACCAGCAUCAACACCAGCAGCAGCACCAGCAGGCGCAACAGCAAUCACAGCAGCAGAGCUUCGGAGCUCAUCAUAAUCGACACACCAAACAGGAAAUCGAUUCUACCAGCCCAAAACCCGAGGGCUUUGAUCUCAGUAAAAAUUCAUCUGUUACCGAGUUAUAA